CAGUCGUCCGCUCGCAGCCGCCGCCGCGCCCCGCUCGGUCCUUCGCGCAGGCAAAACAUGUCCCACCCUACAGAGACUGAACGCUGCAUCGAGUCCUUGAUUGCUGUUUUCCAGAAGUAUGCAGGAAGGGACAGGAAAAACAACACCCUCUCCAAGACGGAGUUCCUAGCCUUCAUGAAUACAGAGCUGGCCGCCUUCACAAAGAACCAGAAGGACCCUGGUGUCCUUGACCGCAUGAUGAAGAAGCUGGACCUCAACUGUGACGGGCAGCUAGAUUUCCAGGAGUUCCUCAAUCUUAUCGGCGGCUUGGCUGUAGCUUGCCACGAGUCCUUCCUCAGUGCUCCCCAGAAGCAUAUCUAACCCUCUCCUUUCUCUCCCAGCCACCCAGUCGUCACCUCCUCUUCCAGCCCGCACCUGAGAGCCCAGCCAUAUACCCCUCCCCACUCACUGCGACCGACAGAAAUAAAACAAUGUCCUUUCAGAAAACUUA